UUCUCGUUUCUUCGCACUAUUCUUAAUAAGUGAGGUUAUGUCGUGACACGUAAAUAAAUAUGCAGAAAAAUAAAUCAAUAUAACACUACAGAUUAUAUAUAAUAUGUGAAAUUCAAUUAUUUUGGGGCCACUAUGGACGUUAUGAAGAAGCUGUCCUCGCUACAAGAAAUAUCCAAGAGUCAACUAAGCAAAAUCCUGUGCGUUAACCCCAACAAAAAGUACUUGAUCCUAGAACCCUCUCUUAUAAAACCUUUAGAGAGAGUUUGUGGCGUCAAAUGGUUGAAGAGCUUUGGCGUGGACAAAAUCUUUAAAACAGAAAACGUCAUUCCAAAUUUCUCAGCUGCCGCAAUCUUUUACAUGAUAUACUCUGAGACGAGGACCUUCAAACAAGUCGUUGACCAAAUACGCUCCCAGAUAGACAUCGAAAAACCUCCGAGAAAUAAGUUCCACAUUAUAGUCGUCCCGCAAGCUCUGUGUACUUUCGAGAACGAAUUGGAAGAACUAGGCUUGUUAUACACUGCAAUCGCUCUACAUUCGUUCCAGUGGAUGCCGAUACACUUGGACGUUGGUGUUCUAAGCUUGGAAAUACCGAACGUGUUUAGUUCGCUGUUCGUUUAUCAAAACGCUUUAUUCCUGUCGAAUCUAUCGAAAAUCCUCUGGCAGCUGUGCUUCGUGAUAGGCAAGCCGAGGUUUAUGCUGGCACUGGGGCAAUAUUCCGUUGCUCUAUUGAACCAGUACGACAGGUUAUGCGAGGACAGAGGCGAAACGGACAAAUUGGACUCGGAUUUCGGUGCUUUCGUGAUAGUGGAUCGUAACGUAGACUACCCGAGUGCUUUACUUACACCCGGUACAUAUUCCGGACUGUUAAACGAAGUUUACACUUGCCGUACAGGCGUUUGCGAGAACAAAGAAGAAGUAGUCGAUAAGUUGGACGAAAAAUGCAACCCUGUCGUAGCGAAACAAGUUGUAAGUUUCGCUUUGGACAGUAACCAAGACAGUGUGUACGCCGACAUAAAAAACAGGUAUUUUACCGAAGUAACGUCCGUAUUGAGUAACUUAACAAAGCAACUUAAGUCGGAAAAGGUAAGCUCGAAGGAAAUGGCGCUGGACGAAAUCAAGCACUACGUCCAGACGAAACUCCAGGCGACAAAAUCAAGGAAAAAAUUCAUCACGAACCACUUGUUGGCUGCGGAAAGCAUUAUUAACAUCCUCGGACACCGCUACGAGAACCAAAACCACAUCGAACAGAACAUCAUGAAAGAUACCGAGAAAACGAACAGUUUAAACUUCCUAGACGAGCUGCUAGCUACAGAAAACGACAAAUACGCGACCCUACGGCUGUUCUGCUUGCUUGCCGUCACCCAAAAGCUAACGGAAAGCGAAGUCAGGACGUUUUGGCACAAGUACUUGCAACAGUUCGGGUUCGCUAACGGUUACGGCUUUUUGAACCUAGUAAAGGCCGGUUUUAUAUCGGAACCGGUACAAAGUUCCAACAGCUUGAAUUUACAGAGUAAAAUUAAGAUCCCGAAGUUUACCUCGAGUGAUUUCUACAUAAACGCCAAGAACCUUAAACAGAUCCCUCCGGACCCGGAUAAAAUAAAUCUGAAAUAUCCGACAUGCGCUAGUUACGUUUAUGGUGGUGCGUACAUACCUCUGAUCACUCAAAUAGCCGGCAUGAUCCUCAAUUCGCUACCUGUGGACGACGUCAGGUCGAAGUUAGAUCCGUUAGGUGCCUUGUCUGUAAGAAACGACAAGGGUUAUCCUUUGCAGACGAGAUCGGUGUUGAUUUACGUUGUAGGGGGUGUGACCUACGCCGAAAUAGCGGCGUGUAACUUGUUGGAGACUUUGACGGGUGCUCGGAUUUGUGUUUUGAGCGAUAGGAUCGUUACGGGGAACGAUUUGAUGGCGAGUGUUGUGGAUUUUCCGAACUGAAUUGUUACCGAACUUAUUAAUUUGUUCAUCAUAUAAAAUUAUUAUGUUUUUUAUUUAUUGUGUGUUUACUUGGAAACUUGUUUUAGAGGAUAAUAAAAUAUUUUAGGUACCAGUU